AUGGCUUCAGAAUCGUCUCUUCCUCCCACGCACCGCGCUCUUGUAGUGCGCUCAACUGACUCUCCAUUAAAAGUCGAACAGCUCGAAACUCCAAAAGCAACUUCAGGAAAUGCCAUUGUUCGGGUGCUCGCGGCCAACGUCCUCUCCUACGGCCGCGAAAUUCUCGACGGCACUCGACCCUACCCUUACCCAAAGCCAUAUACUCCCGGCGGAAGUGCAAUUGGAAGGAUUGCUGCCGUAGGACCAGAUUCUACCGUUUUUGCACCAGGUCAACUUGUCCUUGUGGAUGUCAUGAUUCGCGCCCGGGACGAUACAUCGACCAGUUACCUGAUUGGUAUACACAAUGGAUUCUCAGCUGGCUCUGUCAAACUCGCUACUGAUGAGUGGCGAGAUGCGACUUAUGCCGAGUAUCAGAAAGUUCCUCUAGAGAACUGCUAUGCGUUAGAUGAGGCCCGUCUUCUUGGAGAUCCUGCCAACGGUGGCUUGGGCUACUCCAUCGACGAUCUCGUAUACAUCCAUCGCCUACUUGUUCCAUUUGGAGGAUUCAGGGAUGUUGAUCUCAAGGUAGGAGAGACAAUUCUCAUCGGCCCAGCAACUGGGCCCUAUGGCACCGCGGCAGUGAGCCUGGCUCUCGCAUUAGGCGCCAAUGUGGUUGCAAUGGGGAGAAACGACCAAGUGCUGGAGAAGCUUGCCGCCUCCAGCAACAAGGUCAAGACGGUUCAGAUCACCGGAGACGUUGAGAAGGACACCGCAACCAUUAAGAAACACGGCCCAAUUGACGUCUUUUUCGACAUUUCGCCGCCAAUGGCUGCCUCUUCGACGCACAUCAAGAGUGGCAUCUUGUCCCUUGCUCACUCCGGCCGAGUGAGUCUAAUGGGCGGUAUUGCGGGCGAUAUUGCCAUUCCUUACGGAGUAAUCAUGUUUAACGACUUGAAGCUUCACGGCAAAUUCAUGUACGAGAGAAGGGAUAUCAGAAUGCUGAUCAAGAUGGUGGAAUCGGGCGUCAUGGGGUUGGGAGAAGAGAUUGGAGCUCGUGUCGAAGGCAAGUUUGGCCUUGAGGAGUGGGAUCAGGCUUUUACGGCUGCAAAGGAGAAUGCUGGGCCGGGCCAAUAUGUUGUCAUUGCCCCCUGA